AUGUGAAGUGCUGGGUUAGGGUUCCGCCCACCGAGGUAUCUCUGAUCGAGGGGCAGACAGGCAGAGAGAGAGAAGUGUAAAAUGGCGCACAGCUGUCGGUGGCGGUUCCCAGCUCGGCCCGGAGGGAGCAGCAACUCCGGUACCGGGAGGAGAGCGGGCCGAGUCCGGGUCACUGCCUCUCUGCGGACCGUCUCCGGAGCCCCGCAGCACAACGCAGCCGGGCUCGGACCCGGGUUUGAUGCUGCACUACAGGUCUCCUCGGCUAUCGGGAGCAACCUGCAGAAAUUUCGGGAUGUUUUGGGGGAAUGGAGUGACUCGAGCAGCGGGGAGGAAGAAAUAUUUGGAGGAUUUGGAACGGUCACUGAGCAGAAAAGAAUACAGAGCCCUUCAACAACCUCUUCAGUGGGCACACCCAUACAGGAGAAGAAGCCCAGAGGCCGUCCGCCCCGGGCCCAGACUGCCCAGAAAGCUGCUGCAAGUCUACCUUCACCCUCCUCCCUUCCCUCCUCCACACAGGCGAAACCUGAGAGACCAGAAAGGCCGGCUGAGAAGGUGAAAAGGUUGCCUGGGAGGCCACCUGGCACUGGAGAAAAGAGAAGAGGGCGACCACCAUCCUCAAGUAGUAAGAAAGCUUGGAGUACAGGUAACCAUGCAGCAGUGGAGGACGGUAGGCAGGCUGGGUCUGAGCUGGGCAUGGACACAGAGGAGGACAAGGACAGAAAGGGCACCAAGAGGACGCCACUGGGCUCAGCUCAGCCACAUGACACUGAUGCCAAGCUUCCCAAAGGUGGGCGGGCUGAAUCCAAAGUUACCAACCUGAAGAGGCUGAGAGCAACUAAACUUGCCCCUCAGAAAUCACGGCUCAAAACUUUGCCUGGCGUACCCCGACGCAGACGUGGUCGACCGCCCUCAGCUGAGCGGCUCAAAGCUGAGGCAGCUGCCGCUGCUGCUGCUGCACAGCUGUCUACCUCCAUUGAUGAUUGUGGGGAAGGCAAACACAAAGCCUUUAAAGUGAGAGGGGGGGACAGAGGCACAGAACCACAUGCUCUCCAGCAGCCCAUGUUAAGGAAUGUGGAUGAUGCUGAAGACCAGGACUCUUCCAAUUCACCUGCCUCCCCAUCUCCCUCUAAGUCAGGCAGGACAGUGGGCCUCCGGAAAAGCCCUCGCCAUCGAAAGCCUGUCAGAAUUGUCCCCUCUUGUAAACGCACUGAUGCAACCAUCGCUAAGCAGCUGCUGCAGCGUGCAAAGAAAGGAGCGCAAAAGCGAUUGGAGAAAGAAGCUGUAGCCAUCGGGGGUAGCGGAACAGGGGCCAUUGAAGCUGGCAUCAGGAAGACCCAUCAACUGAAGAACAUCAGACAGUUCAUCAUGCCUGUGGUCAGCACGGUCUCACUUCGCAUCAUCAAAACCCCCAAGCGCUUCAUUGAAGACGAGGGCAACUUUGGAGCUCCGCCACCCCAUAUGAAAAUGGCACGGUUAGAAACGCCCGCAUCUGUCUCCACAUCUGCCCAACCCACCUCCACUACCUCCUCUUCCCCCUCUCCUGUUCUGGUCUCCUCUCCGCCGGCCGUUACGACCACUGGUACAACUGCUCCCACUGACUCCAUCCCCCCUCCUCCCCCGCCCGCCCCUAUCCACAGUGUUCAAUCAGCAGCUGCCAGUCUGCUCAACAGCAACACCAACAAUGCCGCAAAUGGGCGUUUUAGCAGCAGCGCGGCUUCUUGCGGCUCAAGUGCCGUGUCGCAGCAUUCCUCCCAGCUCUCCUCUGCAGAGUCUUCCAGGUCGAGCAGCCCCAGCUUGGAUGACUCGUCAUGCGACUCCCAGGCUUCUGAGGCCACACAAGCUUUGUCGGAGCCAGAGGAGGAACACUCUCCGUCCUCACAGGGAGAGAGGGAGGCCAACCUGUUACACAGCUCACGGCCUCCCUCCCCUCCCUCUGAGCCAGAGCCAGAGCACAUGUUGCCUGAGAGGAGUCGACGAGGCCGGAGAGGACAGGGGGUGGGUCGAGGAAAUCAGAGCCAGAGGGUGAGAGAGACGCUCACCAUUGGGGCCAAAAAGCCUAUUAUCAGCCCACCAACAGGAGUGCUGAUGUCCUCCACCACACUCGUAAAUUCCCAGCAAGCUUCGUCCACUGCCUCUUCUUCACCCCCGCCUCCCCCUCUCCUCACCCCUCCUCAGCCUCCCCAGUCAGCUUCCUCCAAUUCAGCUGCUAUCAGUGAACACCACCCCCAGUCACCCUGGAUGUCUCACUCCAUGCCUCAAUUCCUGUCUGGACCAUCAGUGCUGUCCAGCUUGUCAGACAAACGAAGCCGCUCAAUUCUGAGAGAACCCACCUUCCGAUGGACGUCCCUGUCCCAACCUGAACAGCAGUACUUCUCCUCUGCUAAAUAUGCCAAGGAGGGCCUCAUCCGCAAGCCCAUAUUUGACAACUUCCGUCCUCCCCCUCUCACAGCUCAAGACGUGGGGCUGUUGCCCCAAGGCGUCAGUGGAGCAGGGGGAGCUGCUCCUGUUUCAUUCCCUGCACAGGGCAGUGGAGCGGGAUCAGGGACUCGUCUGUUUGCCCCUCUUCACCCCCACACCCACCACCAACAUCCUUCUUCAUCCCGCUUUGACGCACCACUCCAGAAGCGCAGCCCGUUGCUUCGUGCUCCACGCUUUACACCCAGCGAGGCACACUCUCGGAUAUUCGAGUCUGUUACCCUGCAUUCAUCCUCUGGGAGCAGCCCUGGCUCUCUCUCCCCACACCAAACGUCCUCUAGCUCCACCAGAAGCUCGCGGCGCAGGAGACGAUUGGUGUCUGGAACAAUACGCAGCCAACCACGGUCUCCUUCCCACUCAAUGACCAGACGCAGCAGCCAAAUGGGAGGUCCAAUAUCUAUGGGGAAAGGUUCCUCUGAGAUGUCUGUGCUGACAGGCUCUGUCUGCAGUAGUAACCCCAGCUCUUUGCCCGGGGUCUCUACAAGUCCACUAGCCACGAGUGCCUUAACUCCUGCUUCUUUCAGCACCUUCUCCUCCGUAUCCCUGACCUCACAAGGGACACCUGAUAGCAGGAGAGGGGCUGCUGGAAACCCACCUCCUUUGUCAACGACAUCAUCCUCCUCUUCCCCACUUUUCCCUCUCUUUCCUUCCAGUGCCCAAGACACAGCGCGAGGAGCUGGGAAAGGAGGUAAAGAAAAAAGCAUGUCAGCUCCCCAGGAACCUGUUCCAAAGGAAAAAGAAAGGGAUUCUGAUAAGAACCGAGAGAAAGAAAAAGAGAAUAAGAGAGAAGGGAGGAAGGAUGUGGAGAAAAGAACCAAGGUUUCUACUCCAGACGGUUCCCCCAAUGCACCUUCCAGCCUCUUUACUGUGGAUGGUAGGGACUCAGAAGAUGCUCUUAUAUCUCUUGCUCCAAAAAAGGCCCCUGGGAGAAAGAAAUUAACAGCAGUUGAGAUGGUUCCUGACACUGCUUCCUCUGAGGGGCGUGGGCUCAAUUCCCCUGCUCCCAUUUCUGUUGCUAAAGGACGUCUACCUAAGAAAGGUAGACCCUCUGAGAAGGGAGCAGAGAUGGAGGAUGGGGAAAAGGAGAAGGAGAAAGAGAAAGAGAAACAAAGUGCUCCUAGCCAGCAGACAGCAAGCCUUCCAGGGCAGCCAGGCAGACAACCGCUCCCUGUCUCCGUUGUGUUGUCACAAGCGGAGAAACAGCCUGUGACUGACAAGCGGGUAGUUGGACUACUGAAGAAGGCCAAAGCCCAGCUCAUUGAAAUAAGGAAGAGUAAGCUGAAGGUCCAGGGUCAAGAGAGCGACUCGUCAGAGGCUUCAGUCCGUGGUCCACGCAUCAAGCAUGUAUGCCGUCGUGCAGCUGUGGCUCUUGGCCGUAAUCGGGCAGUGUUCCCUGACGACAUGCCCACACUUAGUGCCUUGCCCUGGGAGGAGAGAGAGAAGAUCCUAUCUUCCAUGGGGAAUGAUGACAAGUCAUCAGUAGCAGGUUCAGAGGAGGCAGAGCCUCAAUCCCCUCCCAUAAAGCCACGAGAGACACGGCAAAAGGCUGUUCAAGAAGCUCCUCCCAAGAAGGGUCGUCGGUCACGACGCUGUGGCCAGUGCUCAGGCUGCCAGGUUCCAGAGGAUUGCGGUGAAUGUACCAACUGUCUCGACAAGCCCAAAUUUGGCGGACGAAACAUUAAAAAGCAGUGCUGCAAGAUGAGGAAAUGUCAAAAUUUGCAGUGGAUGCCCUCAAAGAUGUUUCUUCAGAAACAAGGCAAAGGCAAGAAGGACAAGAAGAAGAACAAGUUGUCUGAGAAGAAGGAGGGUCUUAAUCCGGUAAAGGGACCAAACACGGAGUCUGUCCCCAAACCUACUCCUGCACCACUGAAGGAGGAGCCUUCCCGCAAAAAGAGUGAAACUCCUCCUCUUAAGCUGGGAGAGGAGAAGUCAAGACCGCAGCCAUCAUCAAAGCAAUCAUCUCCAGCUUUAGCAUCUUCCCCUGCACCAGUUGAACCCCCUCAGACUGCCAGCACAGUCACAGCCCAAGCUCAGUCUCCAGCCCUGACUCCAGACCCCAAACAGCUCUCUGUCUCAAGCAGUGUCUCCAGUAAGAAGGGACACAAACCACAGCAAGUUGUAACAACAUCCUCCUCCUCGUCCUCAUCCUCUUCCACUUCAUCAUCUUCCUCAUCCUCCUCUUCUUCUUCCUCGUCAUCUUCAGCCCAGAAUUCCCCCUCCCAGUCUAUGCAAUCUCAUCAGCCAUCCCAACAGCAGCAACGGCCACCUGUGAGUCAGGCGCCUUCCAAAAAAGACGCCUCACCCAAGAUACCACUGAGCGAGCCCAAGAAGAAGCCCCAACAACACUCAUCACAGCAGCAGAGUUUAACUACAACAAUGUCGGAUACAGUUGACCUAAAACCGUUGAAGAAGCCAACUUCCCGCUCUGUUCCUCCAUCUCCUAAACAGAGACCAAAAGACAAGCCGCUGAGCACUAAAUCACCCAGCAGCUGUACUUUAAACUGGCUGAGCACUCCCUCGACUAGGGGCCAGGCGAAGUCCAGAUCGCCCUGCGACGGAGUGCAUCGUAUCAGAGUGGAUUUCAAGAGGGACCAUGAUGUGGAGAAGGUGUGGGAGGCUGGAGGCCUCAGCCUGCUCUCCUCUAUGCCUGUCACGCCCAGGGUCCUCUGCUUCUUAUGUGCAAGCAGUGGAAAUGUUGAGUUCGUCUUCUGCCAGGUAUGCUGUGAACCAUUCCAUCUCUUUUGCUUGGGCGAGUCCGAGCGCCCUCUCCAGGAGCAGUUUGAAAACUGGUGUUGUCGACGAUGCCGAUUCUGCCAGGCCUGUGGGCACCAGCACCAGAAAACUAAACAGCAGCUGCUAGAGUGCGAUAAGUGCCGUAACAGCUAUCACCCGGAGUGCCUGGGUCCCAACCACCCUACCAGACCCACCAAAAAGAAGAGAGUCUGGAUUUGCACCAAGUGUGUGCGCUGUAAGAGUUGUGGAGCCACUAAACCCGGAAAGUCGUGGGAUGCCCAGUGGUCACAUGACUUCUCCAUGUGUCAUGACUGUGCCAAACUCUUUGCUAAAGGGAACUUCUGCCCACUGUGUGAUAAGUGCUAUGAUGAUGAUGACUACGACAGCAAGAUGAUGCAAUGUGGCCGUUGCAACCAUUGGGUUCAUGCCAAGUGUGAGAAUCUGACAGAUGAAAUGUACGAGCUGCUGUCAAAGCUGCCAGAGAGCGUUGCCUACACAUGCAUGAAAUGUACGGAACGCCAUCCAGCCGAGUGGCGAACAGCGUUGGAGAGGGAGCUUCAGGGCUGCAUUCACCACAUCCUUACUGCACUGCUAAACUCACGCACAUCCACACACCUGUUACGAUAUAGACAGGCGGUGAAACCUCCAGAGCUGAACCCAGAGACAGAGGAGAGUCUUCCAUCCCGUCGUUCCCCUGAGGGCCCAGAUCCCCCAGUCUUGACUGAAGUCACGCCCACGACUCCCAGCGACUCUCCUCCAGACCUGGAGUCUGUCGAGAAAAAGAUGGAUCACGGUCGCUACAAGUCAGUGCUGGAGUUCAGUGACGACAUCGCGCGAAUCAUCCAGACGGCCAUCAACGGUGACGGUGGCCAACCCGAGAGCAGGAAAGCCAACAGCAUGGUCAAGUCUUUUUUCAUCCGGCAAAUGGACCGAAUCUUCCCAUGGUUCAAAGUGAAAGAGUCCAGAUUGUGGGAAAGACAAAAAGUCGCUGCCAACAGUGGUCUCCUUCCCAAUGCUGUGCUGCCACCAUCCCUGGAUCACAACUACGCCCAAUGGCAGGAGAGACAGGAGCUUUCCCGUGCUGAGCACCCCCACCUCAUGAAAAAGAUUAUCCCAGCUCCCCGGCCCAAGACACCCGGUGAACCAGAUACUCCAGCCUCCUCUCCUUCACUCCCUCCAUCAUUACCCCCACCACCUCCACUUCUACCUGAUCGUGAAGACAGCCCAGAGCUCCCUCCUCCGCCAGGUGUUAGUGAUAACAGGCAAUGUGUUCUGUGUCUGAAAUAUGGAGACGAGAACACUAAUGAGGGUGGCAGGUUGCUGUACAUCGGUCAGAACGAGUGGACCCAUGUAAACUGUGCCCUGUGGUCCGCUGAGGUGUUCGAGGACGACGACGGCUCUCUGAAAAAUGUUCACAUGGCUGUACUCAGGGGAAAACAGCUACGCUGCGAGAAGUGUCAAAAGCCAGGGGCCACAGUUGGCUGCUGCCUCACCUCUUGCACCAGUAACUACCACUUCAUGUGCGCACGCCAGUACCACUGCGUCUUCCUGGAGGACAAGAAAGUCUAUUGUCCAAAGCACAGUGACCUCAUCAAGGGAGAGGUGGUGUCUGAGUUUGAGGUGACCCGCAGAAUCCUGGUGGACCUGGAUGGAAUUAGUCUCAGGAGGAAGUGGUUGGCAGGACUGGAGCCUGAAAAUGUCCACAUGAUGAUAGGCUCAAUGACCAUUGAUUGUUUGGGGAUAUUGACUGAACUCUCAGACUGCAAACGCAAACUCUUCCCUGUAGGAUACCAGUGUUCCAGGGUGUACUGGAGUACUUUAGAUGCUCGAAAGCGCUGCGUGUAUACCUGUAGGAUCCUAGUUUGUCACCCUCCAGUGGUAGAGUCUGACCUGAAGAGCAUGAUGGCUCCUGAGGAGAAUCGUACGAUAGCACACAGCCCACCGCCCAUAACAGACUUUCCUGAUCCAUUUGAGACUCCACGGCGUUCAGACACCCUUUCCCCUGCCAACACCCCCAAGCUCAGGGUUUACACCAGGAACCGGCACCCCAGUUACCCCCCUUGCCAGCGCUCACAAGGCCCCAGGCCCAUGCCCUCUCCAGGAGGUUCCUCUCAACCCCAAAGCCAUGAGAUCGUGACAGUAGGAGACUCCCUGCUGAACACUGGCAUGCGGAAUAUUGACUCACGGCGCCACAGCUCCCCUUCUCUCUCCCCUCCUCCUCACCAGCUGCACAGACAGAGAGGGAUGACGUCCCCACCUCAGAUUUUGUCACGACCCCUUACUUCACCACCUCCCCUCAUCCCCUCACCUGCCAGAGACCCUGAAAAGGCCAAACACCCCAGCAAAGACUCUGUUCAGAGGGACGAUGAAAGAUGUAGACAGUUCUCCACAGACAGAAAUAGAUCACAACCAUCCAGAGACCAAGGAUCGAGAGAUGCAGACAAGGGGAGAGUGUCAAGUCGAGAGCAAGCCUCUAAGGAUUCUGAGAGGAAUAGAUCGUCCAGAGACCUCGGGCAAAAAGACUCCGACAAAGGUGAACUAGCAGCCAAAGACCCAGAAAAGCGGAGACCAUUGAGUAAAGACUCAGCUCUGAAAGAAUCUGAGAGGGGGAGACCUCUCAGUAGAGACCCAUUAAGAGAUUCAGAAAAGGGGAGACAAGGGAACAGAGACUCUGAGAAGGGGAGACAGGCAAGCAGAGACUCAAGCAACAGAGAAACAGAUAAGAGCAAAUCAACCUCUAGAGAUUCCAGCUAUAAGGAUAUUGAAAAAGCUAGGCCACUCAGUAGAGAUACAGGGCUAAGGGACUCUGAGAAGCAUAGACAAUAUAGCAGGGAAGCAGGAAAAGACAGACCAUCUAGCAGAGACUCUGACAAAGGUAGACCCUCGAGAGAUUCCAGUUAUAGAAGCACAGAAAGAAACAAAGACUCUGGCUCAGGGAAAGACAGCAACCCUGGCAGUCAGUCCAAACAGGCUGCAGGUGAAACUAAGAGCCCUAGACUGGCACCUGCAGGCUCAGGCCAGUCCUCCCCUCCUGUCGGCACUGCUGUCCUCACAAGUCAGCAGAGAGGUGGCAGCACCAAGCAGGCUGACAAGCAAGGAAAACACGGAGGCAAAGAUCAGGAUGUUUCUUCAAGCCUCAGUUUGUUGCCUCGUCACCGGUCCACUCCCAGCUCUAACACUAUACAGUCUAAGGACAAGCCCAACUCAGGGAAGGAGAGCAGUAGUGGCACUAGAAACUUAGUGCCAUCUUCACUCCAUAAGGACUCAGUUGUUGGGAAAUCCGGCUCCCCACAGCCUUCGUUUCAGAAGACCAGUGCACGGAAAUCAAAUGAUUACUCAUCAGGUCCGGGAUCAGCAGCAGCCAUGAAGCCUAUUUGGCCAUCAAGGAAUCCAGCAGAAGAUGACGUUGUCAAACGAGGCUCCAUGCAUCUUGCGUCUCCAGCUGCAGCUUCAGCUGCCAAAGACAAACACCCCAAAGUUAAGACGACAGGCAGCAGGGAGGUGUCCAAAGACCGAGAAAGGGAGAAAGGUCUCCAAAAUAGCAACAGCAGCAACAAAAUUCCACUCCUCAACAAUAAUACUAAAGCUAGUGGCAGCUCCAACACACAGGCUACAAACCCCACGUCUCACAACAACAGCAAUAGCAAAGCUCAGAUGCUUGGAAACAGCACCAAAGUCCAUGGGAAGGCUCAGGGGGAGAAGCUUGAGAACCAGGGAGGAGACAGGUCAUCCUCAAAGAGCCGAGAAAAUUUCUCCUGUCCCGAGAGAAAGAACAGCUCCAGUGUGGAUAACUUGCAGCAUCUGCAGCAGGCUGGUUUAGCACCAGAGAAAGCAAUGAAGACAUCUUCUCAGUCUCACUCAAAACCAACAACUAACCAGCUGCAGCUGUCCUCCAGAGAGAAAAAGAGAUUUGUUAAACCUCCCACUGUAACUCCACUGAAGACAGAUAUUAAGACUGACCCUAAUGGGACCAGCACUAUCGGCGGUAUUUCUUCUUCCUGUCCCACGACCACUACCUCCACUGUCUCUCCUGCUGGCCAGGGGACCCGUCGUUCAGCCCGCUCUGCUCUCUUCUCCUCGCCGUCUGCCAGCAGCAGUGACAGCUCUGAAUCUGACACCCAGACUCAGACGGAGGAGGAUGAUUUGCAUAAAGAUCACAGCGAACUCCGAGACCACCGCAGCCUCCUCACUCAAGGCACCGAAGACGAGGCUGAUGGCCCAGAAGAUGACCAUGACAGAGGUAUGGAUGAUAAACAUCACGAGGAUGACAGUGACGGGUCGGGGUCAGCCAAGCGCCGCUACCCCCGGCGCAGUGCUCGUGCACGCUCAAACAUGUUUUUUGGUCUCACACCCUUCUACGGGGUCCGCUCGUACGGUGAGGAAGACCUCCCCUUCUAUGGCAGUGGGGACGGAGCGGGAGCCGUGGUUAAGAGGAGGACAGGCGGUCGCAAGAAGUCAGCUGAAGGGCAGGUGGACGGAGCAGAUGAUAUGAGCACCUCCUCUUCGUCCGGGGACAGUGGAGAGGAUGAGGACAGCGGAAUGAAACAGAGGGUUAAAGACCCUUACUACUAUAACUUCACACGGACAAUAAUUAACCCAGGUGACGGCCUGCCAUCCAUAGAAGGGAUAGACCAGUGUUUGGGACGAGGCUCCCAGCUCCAGCGCUUUCUUAAAGAUGAGGAGCAGCAACAACAGAGGGCACAAGGAAAAGCAGAAGACGACAUGCUGAGCGCUUUGACCUUGGGCAAGCAGCAUAUCGGCCAGCUCGAUGGCGUUGAUGAUGGCUCAGAGAGUGACACAAGCAUCUGUACCACCAGCACCACAACCACCACAGCCACCACCUCUUCCACCCCACAUAAGAGCACUCCUAAGAGAAGGGGCAGAGAGAGGCACACAGAGAAACUGGAGUCACAUGACUCGAGCAAGGAGGGGGACAACAGUGGUGGAGCAACAGGUGCAGUAAGCAGUAACACCCGAGAAGGCAGAAAGAACCAGAAAGAAAACUGUCUUCCUUUAGGAGGUGGGGUCAAGGCCCAGCCACAAAGUCAGGGCCAGGAUCCUCUCGAAGCCCAGCUCUCCCUCAGCACUGACCUGCUUAAAUCAGACUCUGACAAUAACAACAGUGAUGACUGCGGUAACAUUUUGCCGUCAGACAUCAUGGAGUUUGUCCUGAACACACCUUCCAUGUCAAUGCAAGCUCUGGGUCAGCAGCCCGAGCCUUCGUCCUCUGAGCUGCUGCUGGAUGAGGGUUAUGUCGGCGUGGAUGUCAACCGGCGUAAAGACAUUCUGUUUGAUGAUUUUUCCCAGCCACUGCCCAGUUCAGAGAGUGGAGGGGUGGUGGAGAGUAGUGUGAAUAGCUCCAUAUCUGUAGAGGAGCCAUAUCUUCCUCUGGAGCUGCCCUCUGACCUCUCUGUGCUGACCACACGCAGCCCUACUGUUAGUACCAGUCAGAACCACAGUGCUGGGAGUCUCAUCUCAGAUACCUCAGACCGCACCAUGCUGGGCUUGACCUCUGACCCAGAGACUAUCAGCGCUGAAAAGAGCGGGGACAAAAAAAGAGCAGGGCCAGGUGUGUCACCAUCAGAGAAUCAGCAUGAUGUUACAGCUCUGGGAAACAGGGAUACCCAAGCCACUGACGGUCACAUGACUCCUGAGCAGUUUAUUCCCAGCCCUGCCAUUGGCCAGGUGGUGGAACCGCCAGGUAAUCAGGACGUUCCCAGGAAUUCUGGCACUCCUGGUUUGCCAAGUUCUCCCUCUCUGCCUCUUCAGGGUCAAAAGUACCUUCCAGCAUCAGCUGCAGCUACCGGCAGCCCUAGUCCAGUACCCGGUGCAGGACCAUCCCAGGCUCAGGUUUCCAGCCCAGCAGUCAUCAAACCAGGACCUGACAAACUCAUCCUGGUUAAUCAGUUUCAGCCCCUCUAUGUCCUCCAGACUGUCCCUAAUGGAGUCACGCAAAAGAUUAGUGCGACAGGAGUGAUGGACACCAGCUCCCAAGCAGUGCUCAGCUCCAUGACACUCACUACAGGGCUGAAUACUGGUCUCACCUCAGCACAGCCAAUAUUUCCUGCUGGUGGCAAAGUCCUGGGCACAAUGCCCCACUCCUCCCAGAUUCACACGUUCAGAGGAACCGCACAGGCCGGCUUCCAGACAGGAAUCCCUAGCACCACCUCAGGGCUUCUCAUUGGGUUGCCACAUGAUCAGCCCCAGAUACUGGUGUCAGAGGCCGGUCGACCGCAUGAAUUGGGUCACAGUGUUGCCAUAGUGUCCAGUCCCUCCUCUCUCAUUUCUUCCCCGACUGUACUCGCCUCUGCUCAUGGCAAAAAGAGGCCCAUAUCUCGUCUUCUGCCCAGAAAAAACAAGAAGUUGGCCCGCUCACGCAGCCAGCCCACUCUGGCCCCCUCAGAUGUCGCCCCUCCUAACAUGACCCUAAUCAACCUGUCUUCCCCUCAGAUUACUGCUAGCAUCCCUGGCCAGCCUGGUGGCUUAGUUGAAUUAAGCACCCUCUCCUCUUCCCAGCGUAAGGUCCCCAAUAUUAUCAAGAGACCAAAAUCAGGUGGGGUUAUGUACUUGGAUCCCACUACUCUUCUUCAGCAAAGGAUCCCUGCUACAGCCCAGUCUGGUAUCCUGGGUCACGAUACAUCUACUCACCUCCUACCUUGCACAGUCUCUGGUCUCAACCCCAGUCAGUCAGUUUUAAAUGUUGUGUCUGUGCCCCCUAGUGGCGCUGCCGGCCUUCUUGCACCAGGAUCAGUCUCCCUCUCUACCCCUGUCCUCAACUCCACUGAGAUCACAGGGCCAAUUAGCAACCUGCUGUUUAAGGCAGGGCCACAUGGGUUGGGCCUGUCCGAUCAGCCCAUGGUCCUUCAGUCAGCAGGGGCGGCUCCUUUGAUGUCACAACUCAGCUCCUCUGUCCAGACUUCCAUAGCCAGCAGCAUCUGCGUCCUGCCAUCCCAGCAAACUAUCAGCAUGGCUGUCAACCAACAAGGAGACACAGAAGGCGGUAAUAUCCACUUACAGCACCAGUCACAGCCUUUUAACAGAUCCCAGUCUUUGGACUGUACAAGCACCACUGUUACUUUAGCCCCAGCCACCUCUUUAAGCCCUGCCAAGGGGCGUGUUGUUGGCGUUCUCACCCAAACACAGACCUCUGCAAACUCUCAGAGCAGCAGAACAACUCCCAUUUCCAGAUCCUCAGAACAAAAGCCACCUAACUCCUCCGCAUCAGUUGCAGUUUCAGGAGCAGCAAAAAGCAAACAGAAAACCAAGAGGAGUAGGCCGAGCACGGAUAUGAUCAGUGGGAAAAAGCUCAAGGCCUCCCAGGCAGAGGAUCAUCAUAAUAACCCUGCAGGACGACUCACCUCAAACCCAAGUUCUAAAGAGCUGAGCUCCCCUGAACCCAUGGACACAGGAAAGCCCACAGACAAGACAACCAACAAGAGUGUGCUUGGUAAAAAGAAGACUUCUGAAGGUCCUGUUUUACCGGGGAAAGUUGUGGGGAAAGACAAAGCAUCCGCAGCUGGGGGAGCAGGUUCUCUUCCAGUGGCUUCACCACCUGACCAGGACGGCAACAGCAGGGACACAGGGCUGGAUAGUAAACCCAAGAAAGGCAUAAUCUUUGAAAUAUGCAGUGAGGAUGGCUUCCACAUCCGCUGUGAGAGUAUUGAAGAGGCUUGGAAAUCCCUGACUGAUAAGGUGCAAGAAGCUCGCUCCAAUGCCCGACUCAAAGAGCUCUCUUUUGAAGGCGUGAACGGACUGAGGAUGCUGGGAGUCGUACACGAGGCGGUAGUCUUCCUGUUGGAGCAGCUGUACGGCUCCAGACACUGUCGGAGCUACCGCUUCCGCUUCCACAAACCAGAGGAGACUGAUGAACCUCCCAUCAAUCCCCACGGCUCGGCUCGUGCAGAGAUCAACCACAGGAGGUCUGUAUUUGACAUGUUCAAUUUCUUGGCCUCAAAACACCGCCAGCCUCCUGAGUACAGGCAGCAGGAAGAUGAUGACGAGGAAGGACAGCUCAGGACUGCCAGGCGAGCCUCCAUGGAGCUACCACUUACUGUGAGAUUCAAACAGCUCAAGGCCACCUCUAAGGAAACUGUCGGAGUCUACAGAUCUCCCAUUCAUGGCCGAGGACUAUUCUGCAAGAAAACCAUUGAUGCAGGAGAGAUGGUCAUUGAAUACUCUGGAAAUGUCAUUCGCUCUGUGCUCACUGACAAACGGGAGAAAUAUUAUGAUGGAAAGGGGAUUGGCUGUUACAUGUUUCGCAUCGACGACUACGAGGUGGUAGAUGCCACAGUGCACGGAAACGCUGCCCGCUUCAUCAACCACUCCUGUGAGCCCAACUGCUACUCGCGGGUCAUCACUGUGGACAGCCAGAAGCACAUCGUCAUCUUUGCCUCUCGUCGCAUCUACUGUGGAGAGGAGCUCACCUACGACUACAAGUUCCCCAUCGAAGACGCCAGCAACAAGCUGCCCUGCAACUGUGGUGCAAAAAAGUGUCGCAAGUUCCUAAACUGAUACCAGUAUCUAAAUGAUUUAAAGAGGACUGUCUCCCCCACAGGGGGUUAGCGUGGCACCGGCUUUAUGCCAGUUUUCCGUGUGUCUGGUCCACAGCUGCCAACAGGGCACGAGCUCUGUGAGCGUUCCUGCUGCCGGUGUUGGCAGAGCGCAGCAUUUAGACGGUGGUUGUGGGUCUUAACAUGUGUGCAGGAAAGGCCAUAUCGGAGGAGGGGCCAUUUGUAGAAAUUGAAACAUAUUGUGCCUCCUUUUGUCUCAUUUACAUUUCGGCAUGUCAAGUUUCACCUUCAGUAGGUCAAAUAUGAAAUGGUAAAAGCCUUUUCAGCAUUGCAAUAUUUACUUUUAUUUACAUUUUGAUCAUAAACAGUUACCCCUUCAUAAUUUUUAACAUUGGCCCGUCCUCCUUAAUUUUCUAAAAAUGUGUCAUUUCUUUGGAGAUGAUCUGGUCCACUAAUGCUGAGAUGUAAACAUUGACGGAAAAAAAGCAAAGAACUUGGUUCCAUUUUACACCAAAGUGCAAUUUGUUAAAGGGACUUGGAACAGUAAUUUUAAUUAGAAACUUCUUAGAUUUUUUUAAAUUUUUUUUUUUUAUAAAUCUUAGUGUCAGCUGAUGAUCAGCACAUCUCCCUGUCUGAAUGUGCCCUGAUGCCUUCAGAGCCGUCGUGAUUUACUGGAACCUUCCCCUAGACCGGGCUUUUUUUAAAUAAGCUUGGAGGUGUGUACAUUCAACACUGUAAAUAGGAGGUGUUUGUGUGUAUGGCAGCCUGAUGAGAGCUGUACAGGUGGAAACAGUCUGGGGGAGCAGUAGCCACAGAGAGUAAGAGAGACGAUGGACAGAAGGAAAAAAAAAGAGACGAGGGGUGUAGAAAUGUAGAUUUGUUUAAAAAAACAAAAAGGUUAUUUUUGGUGGUUCAUGAUAAGGAUGAUAUCUAAUGGUUGAUAUCAUUCAUUGUACUUAAACUGACUUUUGUAGUCUGACAGCUUGGUAGCUAUGUAGACAUGUUAUUGAUGGGAUUAAGCCUCUGGCCUUGAGAGAGCGAGGCAGCUGGAGAUUCUGGUGGACUGACAGCUAAGGGACUGGAGUAGCCUACUCUACUGAUGUGCUUUAAGUAGACAUAUUUAUAAUGGAUUUUUGGAGCUGUGAUCCAGAGCACGCCUUGGAUCUUACAGAAAGUAAUGUUGCAGGUUUGUGCAUGCUGUUCUUAUUAUCAAACUAGUUUUUGGUAAUUACGUUAGCUCGGACUUUUGAGUCACGUUCCAAAUUACAGCAGCAAAGACAACCAAACAUCACGCCCUCGAAUUGAAUUUUCCACACAGCUUGUUUUCUUCUUGGCCUGUUGUGAUAACCAUUACUAUGAAAAUGUUUUUAUUUGUAUUGAGUCUUUUCAAGUCUUGUCUAUUAUCUGUCUUUUUAUUAUGGACAGGGAAAUAUCAUGCUUGCUUUUAAAAAAACAAAACAAAUGUAAAUAAUGUAUAUUUUUCUACAAAAAGACUUAAAAAGCACUCACUAGUGAAUAGCACUUAAUGAUGGUAUUUAUAUUUUUAAAAAAAUCGUAUUUAUUUUAUUGCCAUUUUUGUAGGAAAUAGAGGUUUACAAAAACUAAUGCUUGGUCUCUAUGUUUUGUAUUCCGCUGCCUUUUCAAAGUUGUUUUUGUUGUAAUUUUUUUUUCUUUUUUGAUUUUUGUAGCCUGAAUGUUUUCUUUGAUUCCAAAGACUGACGCUGGUCUGUGGCUUGGUCCUGUUUGGUUCAGUCCACCAGUAGCUCUUCAUCCCGGGACCGUUCGGUCAGAGCUGAUGGUUUUGUUUUGUUUUGUUUUGUUUUUUCGUUGCUCCAGUUCUAGCUGGCAGUGUGGCAGUCAUGUGAACUAUUAUUAUGCACUUGGGAGAGUUUAGAUUGUUGAUCCAUAGCAGAUAUCUGCUCUCUCCAGCCUUAUUGUCUCCACACCACAUCAAACAAAGAAUCGCGUCCCGUACAGACUGCUGUCAUAUCGAAAUAAAUACUUGUCACUAAUCAACCUUGGGUCGACUGACUUGCAGCCAAUUUGGGAACACGUGAACUAUCUACAAAUCAGGCAGGAGUCCCGUCAGUUCAAAGUUCCUCUUCAGACUUACGAUUAAGAGGUGCCUUUAUUUUAAUGCUACCAACAGCAUUUGUCAUAUCUCUGUUGAGCCAAUCUGUUCAUAUAACAAAACCACUUCAUCAUGGUGACCACUGAUCCGUGAGUGCCAGCAUUUGGAAAUCACCUUUUCUUGUUUUGUCCAGUCUCGUUGUGGUUUGACUUAGUUGUAAAAGAGCACGCCUCUUCUCUCUCUAAAGCCUUCAUGUCCUGGACCGAAUAUUGAAUUAGACGGACUGGUUCCACUGGACUGGAAAAGUUGUUUGUCCCCUUUUUUAAAUUGAUUGAUGUCCACCAUUCAUGUUGACUUCGUUAUCACCUAAAGCCCCCCCCCCCCCCCCCCCACUCUACCCCUUGUUGUUGUGAGCUGAAACAAAAACGUGACCCCACACAUGGUUUUGCACUUUAGCUGUGACACAGGCACUGAAUAGAAAUAGGAUAUCUCAGCUCUUUCUUCAGACAGUCAAUGCAACUCCUAUACUGAAACCACAAGCACAGAUAGUCACUGAGAUUUUGUGCGUUAGGCCCUGAUCAUAAAAAAACGAGGUCACUCAACCUGCGAUCGGUCUUUAUGACCCCUGAAAGUGGCGUUCCAGGCUCUAGCAAAGUGCACUUGACUCUUUUCUGCUACAAAGUGAAGGCAGGGACCAUGCCAGCAGCCCUCUCCUUCCUGUUGGUGCAGUGAGUAUAACCCAGGCUUUCCUGUAGAGUUCAGGUCUUAAAGUCCAGCUACCUGACCCUGACUCACAGGCCAGCCUCGAGGUUGUGCUGCUUGCACCUACAUCGGGCUCGCUGGGUUCUGCUGCUAAGGUCAACAAUGAAUGUAUAUUCCUCCACAUCACCAGAUUUGUGAUGUUGAUGCUUUGUCAGCUUCGUUUGUUUUCAGUUCUCGUGUGAACAACCCGGGUAGAUACGGAUGAUGUGUACAUGUGACCUCAAAGGCGGCAGCAGCAGUUUCAUUUCAGCACUGGGAUUAACACUGAAGAAUGAACAGCAAGUGGCAUUUCUGUAUGUAGGACAACAGGUUCUUACUGGUUUUAGCUCAACAGUUCACGCUAGCAUCGGUGAUGACAUGUCUACCAAUGCAAAGGGCUCUGUCUACGACUCUCGCUUCUCGACAUCCACUUCUGCGUUUGCAGGGUCAGAGGGUUCAGUGAACAAUAAGUCAUUUAUUUCACUGUUUUUAACAGCAUAUAUACAAUAAGGAAAUGGUCUCCGUUGUUUCUUUGGACUUCAUUUUACUAUGCCACACCAGUGGCCCUUCUCCGUCAUUAUCUGUAAUUAUAGUAUAAAUACAUAACAAUAUUAUACGGAAACAUGCAUAGUAAUUUCUUGUACUUUAGUAUCUAUACAAUAUAUGGAAUGGACAGACAAACUUAGUUACAGUAGCAAAACAGCAGAUUUAUAAUGGUUAAUAGCAAUGUUUCAAUGUACUCUAUAAUGGUUUUGUGUUACAGUACUAUCAGAUGAAACUAACGUGCAUCAUUCUUUUGUAUAUUGAUAUCCAGUACCAAUUUUGCUGUGCCUGUGAAUGUUCCUUCACCAGUAAGGAACAUUGCAGUUUUUCUUUUCUUUCUUUUCUUUUUUGUUUUUUGUUUUCUCUCUGGAAAAGGAACGGUUUUUAUGUGAUGAGAAAUGUAACUGUGUUAAUGUGGUCGUGAACUUCUUGAGGUCAACCAUUUUAAUUUCUUUCCCUGGUUGUUGUAGUGAAUGUUUUUAUGUUUUUUCUUUGUAUGUUUUAACAGGGACUUCUAGACGGCUUACUUGAUGUGGUAUAAAUUAAGAGUUGGGUUUGUGGAGACUGAUCAGGAGUUUUCAAAAGAUCCCACCAAAAUGUCAUUUUUUCAUUUUGGAAACCUCUCACGUCUCCCUGACCCCCUCUUCUCCUCUGAAGCUUUGGUUGUACUUAUCAUGUACUGUUUUUAUAGAAAGUCAUAAUGCUGAGAUAAUGAUGAUGUUGAAAACAUUUAAUUUAUUUAUUUUGCGCAACAUCCACCCUGAAUUGUUAUUUUACAAGUCACGGUUUUGGAGGGGUCAGGCGAGUACUUAACAUGUAUUUGUAAUUUUCUAAUUGUUUCUUGUGUAUAGAAGUUAUCAGCCUCGGAUGGGGUGUGGUGUCACGGACGGAGUGGGCGGUAGGACAUGCAAAAAAAAGAGGGAUCAUGGACAGGCUUGUUUCUUAUGCCUUGAAUAUACCUUUGUCUUAUCAAUAUUCCUCCUGCUCUCUGUAAUAACAAGUUCAUGAGUUCAACAGUCACAUUUUCUCCCGUUUUAACAGUGUUUUCUCAAUACACAUCAUCGAAAUGAAGGAAAACCACCACAGUGAAAAUAAACCACAAACUACUUGGUUGAAUGUAUAAUUAGGAAACAAAGUUGUACAUAAGUGUAAAAAGAAAAGUUUCUAAUCAUGUUUAUUUUCUAUGCACUUUUUUAUUUAAGUGAUAGUUUAAAUAAUAAACAUGUCUCCUUUACUCUU